CGGCGAGGCGGAGCCAGCGGGGCCGGGAGCCGUGCCCGCGCGGCCGCGGCGGUGCGGCGCUCAGAGCCGGGGCUGCGCUCCGCGGGGUCCGCCGAUGGACGCCUCUCUGCGCCAGGGUGCCAGGGUAUGGCUGCAGGAGCAGGACCAGCUGCAGCCAUGCACUGUUGGCUUGUGUGCCAAUGGAAAUGUUCUCUUCACCUCAGAUUAUGGCAUGGUGUUCCAGUACCCCAAGGCCGCCCUGUCCAGAGAAAAGGUCUUACCCAUGCACCAGACCAGCAUCGAUGGGGUGGAAGACAUGUCCAUGCUGGGAGAUCUACAUGAAGCUGCCAUCCUGCUCAACCUUCACCAGCGCUACCAGCAGGGUAACAUCUAUACAAACAUUGGCUCCAUCCUGGCAUCAGUAAACCCCUACAGAGCCAUCCCUGGUCUGUACGGUGUGGAUGCCAUGGAGCUGUACAGACAGCACCGCCUGGGUGAGCUGCCUCCCCACAUCUUCGCCACCGCUAACGAGUGCUACUGCUGCUUGUGGAAGCGUCAUGACAGCCAGUGUGUUCUCAUCAGUGGAGAAAGUGGAGCUGGAAAGACUGAGAGCACCAAGUUGCUCCUAAAAUUCCUGUCAGCCAUGAGCCAGACCUCCCUUGGGGCCCCUGUGUCUGAGAAGAGCACUCAUGUGGAAGAAGCCAUCCUGGAGAGCAGCCCCAUUCUGGAGGCCUUUGGAAAUGCCAAGACAGUUUAUAACAACAACUCCAGCCGCUUUGGCAAGUUCAUCCAGCUGCACUUCUCUCAACAUGGGCACAUCCAGGGAGGCCGAGUCACUGAUUAUUUACUGGAAAAGAACAGGGUGGUACAUCAGAACCCCGGGGAGCGGAAUUACCACAUCUUUUAUGCUCUGCUAGCUGGUGUGAGCGGGGAGGAGAAAGAGAGCCUCUCUCUGUGUGAGCCAGAGACUUAUCACUACUUGAACCAGUCUGGCUGCGUGACUGAUGAGAACCUGAAUGAUGCAGAGAUGUUCAGGAAGGUCAUGACUGCCAUGAAGGUGGUGGACUUCAGCACUGAGGAAAUCAGAGACAUCUUCAAGCUUCUUUCUGGCACACUUCAUUUGGGAAAUGUUGAAUUCAUGACAGCUGGUGGGGCCCAGAUUACAACAAAAGCAGUGCUGAAUGUUGCCAGUGACCUCCUGGGCUUGGACGCCUUUCAGCUCUCUGAAGUGCUGACCCAGAGGUCCAUGAUUCUGCGUGGGGAAGAGAUCAGCUCUCCUCUCACUGUGGAGCAGGCAGCUGACUCCAGGGAUUCCCUCUCUAUGGCACUCUAUUCCCAGUGUUUUUCAUGGCUCAUUAGCAAGAUUAAUACAAAGAUCAAAGGCAAGGAAAACUUUAAGUCUGUGGGCAUCCUGGAUAUCUUUGGCUUCGAGAACUUUCAGGUGAAUCGUUUUGAGCAGUUUAACAUAAACUAUGCAAACGAGAAACUCCAGGAAUAUUUCAACAAACACAUCUUUUCCUUGGAGCAGCUGGAGUACAACAGGGAAGGGAUAAACUGGGAAGCCAUUGACUGGAUGGAUAAUGCAGAGUGCCUGGACCUUAUUGAAAAGAAACUAGGUCUACUGGCUUUGGUGAAUGAAGAGAGUCGAUUCCCCAAAGGCACAGACAACACCCUUCUGGAAAAACUUCACAGCCAGCAUAUGAGCAACCCCUACUAUGUGAAGCCUCGGGUGACAGACCAUCAGUUUGGCAUAAGACAUUAUGCAGGGGAGGUGCUGUAUGAUGUCAGAGGCUUUCUGGAGAAGAACAGAGACACCUUUCGUGAUGACAUUUUAAACAUGCUGAAAGACAGCAGGCUGGACUUCAUCUAUGACCUUUUUGAAAGAGUCUGCAGUCGUUGCAGUGAAGAGACACUGAAGAUGGGCACCCAGAGGCGCAGACCGACUGUCAGUUCCCAGUUCAGGGAUUCUCUCCAUUCCCUGAUGGCCACACUCAGUACUUCCAACCCAUUUUUCAUCCGCUGCAUCAAACCAAAUACAGAAAAGGCGCCGAACCUCUUUAAUCCAGACGUGGUGCUGAAUCAGCUCCGCUACUCAGGGAUGCUGGAGACAGUGAAGGUUCGGAGAGCGGGUUUUCCUGUACGGCGCCUGUUCCAGGACUUCCUCAGCAGGUACAAGAUGCUUGUGAAGGGGCCAAGCCUCUCAGAGAACAGCAAAGCUGUAUGUGCAGGUUUUCUUCAGACCUAUGACAGCAGCAAGAAGGAAUGGCAGUUGGGUAAAACCAAGGUUUUCCUGAAGGAAGCUCUUGAGCAGAAGCUGGAGAAGGAUCGGGAAGAGGAGUUGAGGAAAGCAGCUAUAGUCAUCCGGGCCCACGUCUUGGGCUACAUGGCAAGGAAGAAGUAUCAGAAGGUGCUAUCCAGUGUUGUAAUAAUCCAAAAGAACUACCGAGCGUACUUCUGGAAGAAGAGCCUGCAGCGCCUGAAGGCCUCUGCGGUGACGCUGCAGAAGCACUGGCGUGGCCGCCUGGCUCGCAGCCUCUACCAGCACCUGCUGCAGCAGGAGCUGCGGCGCCGGCAGGAAGCCGAGGAGAGAAGGAGGCAGGAGGAGGAAGAGCAGAUCAGAAGAGAGGAAGAGGAAAGACAAUGGCAAGAAGAGGAGGAGCGUAGGAGGAAACAGGAAGAGGAAGAGGUGAAGGAAAGAGAAAAGGAGCAACUGAAUGCGCUAUUGCAGGUGGCCCAGGUGGAAACAGUAAACACUGAGGAGGUGGAUAUUCCCCUGCAAGAAGAAGAGAGACGUCAGAUGGAGGAGAUCUUAAGACUGGAGAAGGAGAUUGAAAAGUUGCAGCAACAGAAAGAGGAUCACAUGUCUGUCAUCUCUGAGGACACCAGAAAUGAAAUCUGUCGGCAGCGAGAAGAAGAGAUACAGAGGUUGGAAAAAGAGGCAUCAAGGGUUGCCCAGGAAUUCUUGGAGCUGCUGGAUUUUGGCAAUCUGGAUGAAAGUGUGCAGAACUUAGAGCGCUCACUUUCUAGUGAGGGGACACUCAACAUUGACUGCAGCCUGGUGGCACCACUGGCUGAAGAAGAGGUGGAUGAGGGUUUUCAUGCCGAUGAUGAGGGACGCCCAGCUUCCAGUUUGGUGGUCUCAAAUCAGCAUGGCACAAGAAAUAGUGGUAACUACUCAAAGGAAGUUGCAAACACAAGCCUUUUGCUUCUCCAGAGGGAAGUGGGAGAGGUUGCCCCUGCUCCAGGGCUGCCUGUGGAAAGAACCAGUAGCCCCAAGGAGCAGAGAGCCCUGUCUGACCCAGCAGAAAGUGUUUACAGCAGUGUCUCUGAUACACAGAGGAGUAACAGUGGAGAGGCAGGAGAGCCCAUUUACACCUCCCCCCCUGAUGUGGAGUCUGACUAUGACCACGAGGAGUUUGAUGGCUAUGGAGAUGCAGGUAACGCCUCAGCUGAGCCUCUGAAUGAUGAGGAGGGUCUGAGACACUCCCAUGGUACCAGCCUGGACUCCAACCGUGGCAGCUUGGACUCGUUUCUGGAGAGUGAGGAAGAAGUGGAUGUUUACAUUGAUACAGAUGAAGAGUUUUGUAAUGGACGAAUCACUAUCUUCAAUGGUUCAGGUCCACCCUAUUUUCACAGUUACCUCUACAUGAAAGGAGGUCUCAUGAACCCGUGGCGGCGGCGCUGGUGUGUCCUGAAGAACGAGGCCUUCAUGUGGUUCCGCACCAAGCAGGAGGCCCUCAAGUCAGGCUGGCUCUACAAAAAAGGGGGAGGAAUGUCAACCCUGUCGCGCCGCAACUGGAAACGCCGCUGGUUUGUGCUUCGGGAGUCCAAGCUGAUGUACUUCGAGAAUGAUAGUGAGGAGAAGCUGAAGGGGACUAUUGAUAUCAGAAGGGCAAACUUUGGCUCUUGUGCUUUCUUGUGUUCCAGAGAGAUUGUGGAUAUUCAUGAAAAGGAGAAUGCCUUGGACAUUGUGACAGAAGACCGAGUUUACCACAUUGUUGCAGAGUCACCAGAAGAUGCCAGCGGUUGGUUUAAUGUUCUGAGCCGAGUGCACAGUGCUACAGCACAGCAGCUGAGGGAAAUGCAGGAUGAGCAGGCCAAUCCAAAGAAUGCUGUGGGAACCCUGGAUGUUGGGCUUAUUGACUCUGUCUGUGCCUCAGACAAUCCUGAUAGACCGAAUUCUUUUGUGAUCAUCACGGCCAAUCGCGUGAUUCACUGCAACAGCGACACUCCUGAGGAAAUGCAUCACUGGAUCUCCCUGCUGCAGAAACCCAAAGGCGAAUCCAAGGUGGAUGGCCAGGAGUUCCUUGUGAGAGGCUGGCUUCAUAAGGAGGUUCAGAGCAGCAACAAGAUGUCCUCUCUGAAGAUGAAGAAGCGCUGGUUUGUCCUGACCAACACUGCCCUCGACUACUACAAGUCCUCUGAGCGCACGGCGGCCAAGCUGGGGACGCUCGUGCUCAACAGCCUCUGCUCCGUGGUGCAGCCCGAUGAGAGGGUCUUCAAAGACACAGGCUACUGGAACAUCAUCGUGCACGGGCGGAAGCACUCGUACAGACUGUACACCAAGCUGCUGAACGAAGCCAUGCGCUGGGCCUCUGCCAUCCAGGGGGUCAUCGACAGCAAGGUGCCCAUAGAAACACCCACACAGCAGCUCAUCCGUGACAUCAGGGAAAACAGCACAAACUUUGAAGUAGUCGAACAGACAUAUAGGAGGAACCCAAUCUUGAGAUACACCCAGCACCCCUUGCAUUCCCCACUGCUCCCAUUACCCUAUGGAGAUGUCAGUGUCAACUUGCAACAAGAGAAGGGUUACAGCAGCUUACAGGAUGAAGCAGUGAAGAUCUUUAACUCCCUUCAGGAAAUCGAGACAGUGUCUGACCCCAUACCCAUUAUCCAAGGCAUCCUGCAGACCUGCCAUGAUUUAAAGCCCCUCCGAGAUGAAGUGUACUGUCAGCUCAUCAAGCAAACCAACCACAUGCCACAUCCCAACAGUGCUGGCAACCUGCACCACUGGCAGCUGAUGACCUGUAUGAGCUGCACUUUCCUGCCCAGCAGAGGGAUCCUGCGCUACCUCAAGUUCCACCUUCGAAGGGUAAAAGAUCUCUUUCCAGACUCAGAAAUAGAUAGGUAUGCACAGUUCAUAAGUGAUUCCCUGAAGAGAACGAAGACAAGGGAGUUUGUGCCCUCCCAGGAGGAAAUACAGGCUCUUCUUACCCGUGAGGAAAUGACCACGACAGUGUAUUGCCAUGGUGGUGGCUCCUGCAAAAUAACCAUCAACUCCCACACCAGCGCUGGGGAGGUGGUUGAGAAGCUGAUCCGAGGGCUGGCGAUGGAGGACAGCCGGAAUAUGUUUGCGCUCUUUGAACACAACCAGCAGGUUGACCGAGCUGUGGAGAGUCGGGUGAUUGUGGCUGACAUCUUGGCCAAGUUUGAGAGACUUGCUGGCUCUGAAGAAGAAGAGGAGGAAGGACAGUGGCAACUGUAUUUUAAGCUUUAUUGCUUCUUGGAUAUUGAGAAUGUUCCCAAAGAUGGUGUGGAAUUUGCCUUCAUGUUUGAGCAGGCUCAUGAAAGCCUCAUAGCCGGUCAUUUUCCUGGCCCAGAGGACACUCUGCAGCGUCUGGCAGCUCUGCGGCUGCAGUACCUUCAUGGAGAUUAUUCCAAAGUAAGCUGGACCCUUGAUGGAAUCUACCCAGUUAACAGGCUGAAAUCCAAAAUACUGCACUCAACAAAGAGCAGCAGCAGUACCAGUCACACUCUGGAGAGGAGACGGACCAGCUUCCUUGAAGGGACGUUGAAGCGUAGCUUCAAGACAGGGUCUGUGAAGAAGCAGAAGGUAGAAGAGGAGCAGAUGAUGGAGAUGUGGGUAAAAGAAGAGCUUUCAGCUGCUCGGGCAAGCAUAGCACAAAAAUGGACCAAGCUGCAGGGGCUCUCUCAGCAUCAGGCCAUGGUGAAAUACAUGUCCAUUGUAAAGGAGUGGCCAGGUUAUGGGUCAACCCUCUUUGAUGUUGAGUGCAAGGAGGGUGGAUUCCCCAAUGAUCUCUGGCUUGGAGUCAGCACAGAGAAUGUAUCUGUCUACAAACGAGGGGAUCCUAAACCACUGGAAACUUUCCAGUAUGAGCACAUUGUUUUCUUUGGAGCACCACAGCCCAACACCUUCAAAAUUACAGUGGAUGAGAGAGAAAUGUUCUUUGAAACCUCCCAGGUGGGUGAGAUAAUAAAGAUCAUGAAAGCGUACAUCAACAUGAUCGUGAAGAAACGCUGCAGUGUCAAAUCAGCCACCAGUGUGGACAGUCAUGCAAGCAUCUGGACUAGGUGAUACGGAUGAACUGGCACUAGUUUAGUCAUGGGUGUCUGCAACUUGCCAGCACAAGUGUAGCAAAGAUGUUUUUUAAGAAUUCAACUGACUACUGUAUUUAAAACCUAAAGUGACAUCUACAAUACCAUAGGAUUUGCACCUCUGCCCAAAGACACUAAACAGUUACAACUGUUGUGAAAUACUAAUGGCCCAAAACUUGUUUUCCCCUUGCCUAUUUGAUGAACAAUGUACCUUAAAGAAGCAAAGUCAGAAGCAUCCUACUCCUCCAUGUCCUCUCUGCUGCUUUCACUAUCACCUGUCAUACUGGCAGAAAAAUUGACGAGGAUCAUUUCUGCAGGACAGGAGACAGACUUAAGCUUCCUUAAGAAUUUUGAAUAUGCAGACAUCUGGGAUCGUGUGAUCACAGCAUGGUCUGCUGAAAGAAUAUUUAUUUAUUUUGCAAACAAAUCUAAAAUAUAAAUCAC